UCUGGCAAUCACUCAUCUUUUCGCCAACGCUCUUGCAAACUUGUCUGCAGCUCUUCAACACAAUACUGCAGCGCUCAAAUAUUGCAUCAUACAAUAUCCUUGAUCUCUCUGCUCACAAUGCCACGAAGGAAGGCAGACGCCAACACUGCACCCAGCCGAAACCACUUCGAUACGUCACCCGGAAAUCCCGACGGAUACCGACCCCUCAUCGAGUGGGGGACUAAGGAGACACAGGCUACGGUGGAAGCUAUCGCUCGGAUCAUCUUGAGCAACCGAGCAUCUCUUCGUGCGGAACCUGCAUUGCAGCCUUGGACCUGGAAGUGGGGGGAUCCUAUCAAUGGCAAGGUCAAGCAGCUUCUGGCGAAGCUGUGCAAGGACUAUGAUGUAGACUUCAACUCCAUCUGUACCACUCGCGGUCCUCAGAAGCGAGAAGCUGGGUCUGCAGAUGAGGGAGAGGACAAGAAACCGAUGGCAUCCCCAAAGAAAGCAAGACCUUCUCCCGUGAAGAAGGCAGCCAAGGCUUCGGUGCCAGUGACUACCGAAGCCAAUGUCGGAGCCACUCCUGACGGCGAGGACAGCAUAUUCACCCCCUCUCCAUCUCCUGCUCCCAGGAAGGAGGUCAGCGGAACCCCUCCCGUCGUCAAGGAGGCGACUCCCAUGCCUAUCACUCCACAGAAGAUCAAAGAAGAACCCGUCACACCUGUCAAGAGUGAGGUUCAGGCAAAGAAGACCUCCAAGGAGACUCCUUCCCCUUCCGCUGAGGACAAGAUGGACGUCGACGUUGAAGAUGAAGGCGAAGUCGAGGAGGAAGAAGAGCCUCCUAUCAAGCAGGGUCGCCGAAAGAAGGCAGUCAUCGCAGACGACUACACUCCAAGCAGGAGCGUCACUCCCACCCUCGCCUCUGGCCCCUCUUUCGCUGCCCCUCUCUGCGAAUCCCCCAAUCGACCCAAGCGCGGCUGCGCAAAGCGAAAGGACUACAACAUGGCUCUCAACUUCGAUGGGCUCGACGACUACCUCAAGGAGACGGAGGGGAUCGAGGAGGAGUCCGAUGAACAAGAGCAGAGUGUCGAGGGAGAUGAGGAGGAGAAGGCGGCUGAUGGUGAUACUGAAAGUGAAGGUGAAGGAGACCUCGAGGCAGGCGAUGAGGGGGAGGACAAGUAGACUGCGAGCUGCAGUGCCAUCUCGCCUUUCCGACUACGAGGCUUGACCAUGUUGCCUCUGAUGUAGAGCUUGUAUCCCCUCAAAGACAAGGCUUGCUCCUUCUUGGCGAAUACUCUUUCCUUUCUUAUCCCAA